AUGGCGGCUCCCCUGCUUCUCCUGCUGCUGCUGGCCAUGUUCACAGGCUCAGAUGCGGCGUUCUGCGUGUGCAAGACGGGCGUGCCCGACCAGGGAUUGCAGGCGGCGAUCGACUACGCCUGCAGCAAGGGGGCCGACUGCGCCUCCAGCAAGCAGGGCGGGCCGUGCUACGGCAACGGCAACAAGGUGGCCGUCUGCUCCUACAUCUGCAACAGCUACUACCAGAUGCGGAGCGGCAUGGGAGCCACCUGCGACUUCAACGGCGUCGCCACCCUCACCGGCAGCGACCCCAGCUCCGGCACCUGCAAGUUCGCCUCCGGCCCCAGCAGCGCAGGCACCGGCGGCGGCGCUGGCAUGGGCACCGGCGGGGCUGGAGCUGGCACCGGCGGUGGCAUGGGCGCUGGCGCGGGCACCGGCGCCGGGACAGGCGCUGGAACCGGAGCAGGCACGGGCAUGGGCGCUGGGACGGGGACUAGCACUGGAGCUGGCGCUGGCACCGGCACCGGUACCGGCACGGGGAUCACGACCCCCGGGAACACCCUGAGCCCACCGUUCGGCGGCACGGGCGCGUACGGCCCGUCAGGAGCAGGCAGCACCGACUACAACGACGCCACCGCGCCGCGUGCCGCCGGGCUCCACGUGGUGUCCGCCCUUGCCCUCGUCGCCGCCGCCGCACCUCUCCUCCGCUAG